CCCGCCCGGCAGCGCAUGCGGCCCGGGGAGGCGGGCGAUGGCCGGACAUGGCGCUGCGCGCCCCGCUGCUGCCCCGCUACCUGCUGCUGCUGGCCCAGGAGCACCUCGAGUUCCGCCUGCCGGAAAUAACCUCUCUGCUCUCACUUUAUGGGGGACAGUUCAGCAGUGAGCAGGAGAUCCGGGACAAUUCUCCAUUCUGGAUUCUCAGUAUUCCUUCAGAAGAGAUGGCAAGGGGACUGAUGAAGAGGACAGUGUGUGCAAAGUCUAUAUUUGAACUGUGGGGUCAUGGAAGAUCUGCAGGGGAGCUCUAUGCAGCUUUGAGGAGCUAUCCAAUGGACAAGAUGCUCCCAUAUCUACAGCCAGACUCCACUUACAAAGUUCAUAUCCACACCUUUAACAAAACACUGACCCAAGCACAGAAGAUACAGAAGAUAGAUGCCCUUGAAUUUCUGCCAUUCAAAGGAAAAGUCAAUUUAAAGAACCCAGAGCACAUCUUCUGGAUUUUGGAAGAUUAUGGAAUGGACCCUAAUAAAGUUCCAGAAGAGCCCUUUCAGCUGUAUUUUGGUAGAUGGAUUGCAGAUGGCCAAAGAGAACUUAUUGAGUCCUACAGUGUGAAAAAGAGACACUUCAUUGGAAAUACCAGCAUGGAUGCCUGCCUGUCUUUCAUCAUGGCCAACCAUGGGAGAGUAAAACCCAAUGAUAUUGUAUAUGAUCCAUUUGUUGGAACAGGUGGCCUUCUGAUCUCCUCAGCACACUUUGGAGCCUAUGUGUGUGGUGCUGACAUAGAUUACAACACAAUCCAUGGCUUAGGCAAGGCAAGCAGAAAGAACCAGAAAUGGAGAGGGCCAGAUGAAAACAUCAGAGCAAACCUCAGGCAGUAUGGGUUAGAGAAAUACUACCUUGAUGCACUGGUGUCUGAUUCGUCAAGGCCAGUCUGGAGGAAGGGGAUGCUCUUUGAUGCCAUCAUUACAGAUCCCCCAUAUGGCAUCAGAGAAGCCACUCGCAGGACAGGCUCACAAAAGGAAGCAGUGAAGUCAGCUGAAAGAAGCACAGAAAAUCACAUCUUUGUUUCAUCCAGUUAUCACCUAAGUGACAUCUUUUUUGACCUGUUGAAGUUUGCAGCAGAACACCUGGUGAUGGGAGGAAGAUUGGUGUACUGGCUUCCAAUCUACAGGCCUGAAUACACAGCAGACAUCGUUCCCCGCCACCCCUGCCUGAAGCUUAUCAGCAACUGCGAGCAGAUGCUUUCCAGCCACACCUCGCGGCGCCUGAUAACCAUGGAGAAGGUCAAGGAGUUCAAGGAUCAGGAUGAGAGCUCUUCCUCGUCGGAUGGUCAAUAUUUGCCCUACAGAGGCCACAACUCCUUCCGGGAGAAGUAUUUCAGCGGUGUGACAAAGAGGAUUGCCAGGGAAGAAAAAGACAAUCAGAAGUGACACAUGACCAGCAGAAGAAGGGCAGUGAAGAUGCUGUUUCUUUUCUAAGGCCAUCUGGAUACCGACAUUCGUUUUGGGAUGCUCCAGGAAAACAAAUGACUGCUUUUAAUUUGCAACCCAGAUGAAGCCCCACACAAGCCCAGGUUUGAGAGCAGCUCUUUCCAAUUAGCUUUGUUUGCAGGAGGUUUUAUUGUGCAGAAUGGUUUGGUUCUGUUGUUCUGGGGUUGGUUUUGGGUUUG